UGCCCGCGAAAAUUGGACGGCGCACGCGUGUUUUUCGUGCCAACUCCCACCGCCACAGCUACUUCUGCGCGCGCGCAACAUUUCGAAACAACGCGAUUAUAGUGAAUGUCGUGUCGCUUUUGUGCACUGUUUAUACUUAGUUCCCCAGUGUCUAGUGCAAUAGAAAAUGGCGGAAAUGAAGAACUAUAGAUGUCCCAAACGGCGACAAGGAUGAAAGCGAUGGAAUAUUUAAACGGGUUCAAUACACUGAACGCUGUGAAAAUGUUGGUGCUAUCGAACAUAUCGCGGGCGAGCCUCCCGCCGAAGCCUUUCACAACCAGGGACUCGGACAAAACCAGUGAACCAAAAAAACAAAGGAGACAUUCAUUCCGUGAGAAACAAUCGAAAGCUACUAGUGACAAAAAUAACGCAACCAGUGAUAGUGAUACUAAUGAUUUAACAAUAAAGAAAGAAAAGCUGGCGCUUUCUAACAGCGUCGACGCUAUUGUUGCCCGCAAAGAAGAUAUCUCAACCAAAGUCAUACGCAGUGCCAAAGGUCUAUUAGAAACUAAUUUGGACGACUUAUUCAACGACAUUCAAAAGCUGGAAUGGCCUGUCGAGGUACCAAAAAGAAGUCUCGGUGCUAGUGAACCAGUGCUGAGCCUGUCCAAAGAUAAAGGUAGUGUUAAUAGUGUAGUGAAUACCCUCAGUGACGAUGAUGGUGAAGAUGAGGGGACGACAGACAGUGAUACAUUGGAUGAAGUGGUUCGAGAGCAGAGGAAGUGCCUCGGGACCAGUCGGUUCCGGAACAUGCUGAGGCGAGUGAUCUCUAGAAACGUAUUCCCCAAUGUCCCGGCGGCGCCAGGCAUGCCCUGUAUGGGCGAAGACCGUAGCAUAUACAGGCGCGGCGCGCGGCGGUGGCGGAAACUAUAUCGCGUCAAUGGACACAUUUUCCAAGCUAAGCGCUUUAAUAGACGCGCGUUCUGUGCCUUCUGCCAAGACCGCAUCUGGGGGCUGGGGCGGCAGGGCUUCAAGUGCAUCCAGUGCAAGCUGCUGGUGCACAAGAAGUGCCACAAGCUGGUCCAGAAGCCAUGCUCCAGCGAGCAUGUUGACCCUAUUGAGGUCAAGGACGAGACGAAUGGGGAGGGCACGCUGCCGAGGGCUUCUUCUGUCAGAUCUCGUGCGGACCCCGAGCCGCCGCUCCCGGACACUCCGCCGGCGCCGCCCGCCGCGCCCGCCGUGCGCAGCGAGGACCUGGAGCCGGGGUCUCAGAGACAGUACAGCCUGGACGACUUCGAGCUGAUUAGGGUCAUCGGACGCGGCUCUUAUGCUAAGGUGCUGAUGGUAGAACUCCGGCGCACAAAGCGCGUGUACGCCAUGAAGGUGAUCAAGAAGGCUCUCGUCACAGACGACGAGGACAUCGACUGGGUGCAGACGGAGAAGCACGUGUUCGAGACGGCCAGCAACCACCCGUUCCUGGUGGGGCUGCACAGCUGCUUCCAGACACCGAGCCGCCUGUUCUUCGUCAUCGAGUUCGUCAGGGGCGGCGACCUCAUGUUCCACAUGCAGCGCCAGCGCCGCCUGCCGGAGGAGCACGCUCGGUUCUACGCGGCGGAGAUCUCGCUCGCACUGCACUUCCUGCACUCGCACGGCAUCAUCUACCGCGACCUGAAGCUGGAUAAUGUACUGCUGGACCACGAGGGGCAUAUUAAACUGACCGACUAUGGGAUGUGCAAGGAGGGCGUCCGCCCAGGCGACACCACGUCCACAUUCUGCGGCACCCCCAACUACAUCGCGCCGGAGAUCCUGCGCGGAGAGGAGUAUGGCUUCAGCGUGGACUGGUGGGCGCUGGGCGUGUUGACGUACGAGAUGCUGGCGGGCCGCUCGCCGUUUGAUAUUGCCCAGGCGGCGGAUAACCCGGAUCAGAAUACUGAGGAUUAUCUGUUCCAGGUGAUCCUAGAGAAGACGAUCCGUAUCCCCCGUUCUCUCUCCGUGAAGGCUGCAUCAGUUCUCAAGGGCUUCCUGAACAAGUCGGCGGCGGAGCGGCUGGGCUGCGGCGAGAAUGCCUUCCUCGAUAUACUGCACCAUCCGUUCUUCAAGACUAUUGAUUGGGAGAUGCUGGAGCAGAAGCAGGUGGUCCCUCCGUUCAAGCCGCGGCUGGAGUCGGAGCGCGACCUCGCCAACUUCCCGCCCGAGUUCACCGACGAGCCCGUGCACCUCACGCCCGACAACGACACGGUCAUAGCGGACAUCGACCAAUCAGAGUUCGAGGGCUUCGAGUACGUGAACCCGCUGCUCAUGUCACUGGAGGACUGCGUGUGACAGCACGCCUGCCUGCUGCAUCCGUAUCCGGCGCAGGCUUACGGCAGCUACGGUGCCGAGUCGUCGUCCUCAGACUACGACUCGGUGUGCUCCGAGCUGCCGGCGAAGCGCCCCACCCUGCUCCAACACAUGUUCUGUCUCCCUCUCAACUGACGCAAGCGCGCCGCACCCCCCCGCAAAUAACAGGAAACAUCCCUGUGAGACAUCAGUGUGAAACGUGACACGAAACAUCGGCGUGAAACGUGAUGAUGUCGAAUCGCGGGUUAGGAAAAACAUCGGCCUGUAUUUUUUUUAAGUUGUUUAUUUUAAGUUGCUUAAGGUUUUGGUCUUGGAGUUCGUGUAUUAUGAUGGUAUGCUAGUGCGAUGAAGUGGUAUCGUCUUUGAUCUGCUAUUUGUAUAUGCAAUCAUGCUAUCAUAUUUUACUGUAUCUUUUAUUUAAUUUUGUUUUGUAUUUUUCGUUGUGCACCUCGUUGUUGAUUGUGACAUUAAUAUAAGUGAAUUCAGCACGUAUUAAGGAUGAUUUUGAAUGAUGAAUAUUUUAAAAGACAGGUAUAAAAUCACGAGGAGGUUUUUUCCUAAUAAAGGGUGUUUGAACGAUAUAUACAAAAUAAAGUUGGACUACGGAUGUCGGUAGGUAUAUACAUAUACAGUAUAAUGUGCUAAAUUAAAAUCGUUGUAAAUCAUAAGUAAAUACUUAUUACUUUAUCUUCUAUCUUGUAACGUUAUAUUUUAUUGUAUCUUCAUCCUCACCUAUUACAUAAAUCUUGAUCGCCCAAAACUAUUAUUAUGUAAUCUUACUCAAAUUUUAAAUAUAAUACAGACAGGAUAUAAGGGAAUUGAAAUGAUUUAAUCAAAAGCGAUUUAUAUUGUUUUCACAAACCGCUAGUUUUGGUGCUCUAAAGUUUAUUCAAUUGAAUUUUCAUAUAAAUUAAAUUAAAUUCAUUCAGAGUAUAUAAAUAAAUAUAUGAAAAUGACUAGCUAUAGGAUGCAGCGACGUCUUACAUUGUCUCACUUCCUAUUAUGUCUAUAAUAAAUAUAAAAUUAGACGAAAACUAUAAAAUAUAAUAUAACCAGCCAAAGUCUAUGUCACUUUGGUGUGAAACGCGCUUUUGUAAAUAAGAAAUAUUAACAAUGAAAUUAAUCAUAUUAUGUACAAUACAAGAAUAUAAUAAGACUUAAUAUUUUUGAAGGUUUGUAGCGGAUGUACCUGCUAGCAUUGGUCUAAUACGACGGAAUAAGAUCGGAAUGUAGAAAGUGGUAAGAUAAUAGGUACUUAAUUAUAUUAUAAUAUGUCUUAACCGAUCCAGGGCUGCGACAUAGAUGCAUUUAACGAUAAGUGAUCGCUAAAUUGUCGCAACCCUGAGUCUGGUUACAGAAUAACGCUCCAGUAUUUAUACGAAAAAUGUAUCGAUAUUUGUUUCGAGCAAUAAAAUAAAUGGUAGAACAUUCAUUAUGUAUAAUAAAUAUAUAAAAAUUAUGUAAACAAUUGAGACAGAUUUGCUGCCCAAAAAAGCACGAAUGGAAUUUAAAGUAGAAAUCUGACUGUUCGCGGUCUAAACUCCAUGCGGUUAAAGAUGGGUCUCUCACAUUCACACUCAAAUUAUUGACACAUAACGCUUAACUUACCCCCAUUUUUAUAAAUCUGAAAUAGCCUAAACUUUCACAAAAUGUAAGAAAAACGGUUAAAUUACCUCUCAAGUUAAAAUAACUCGAUUUAAAUCGGUCGUGAAAAGGUAAAAUUGGUGGCUUACAUACAAUAUUGAGUGUAGUGUGUACUGUCUGUCAUUAACUGUAUGUGAUGUGUAUUAAUUAAAACUUAUUACCCUUAUCCAAAAGUUAGUAUAUUCCCUUAGCCUAGUUCUAAGCUAGUACCUACUGUAGUUAUCUAUUGAAGCGUCUGAUAAACAUGUAUUUUCCAAUGGAACUAUUUACUUACCUUGUUUUGGCAAAAAAAAUGUAUCAGGAUGAGAAAUUAUGAAAAUAUUUGUUAAGCAGCUAAAAGGCAUACCUAGCCGUAACACAUGAACACACUUGGCUACCAACACACCAUGUAUUGACCCAGUCAGUAUUAUUUUCACUACUACAUAUGUAUUACUUUUACUCAAGUAUUCACAUGCAUUGACGAUUCAGUAUUCCUAGGAUGUAUGUACAUAAAGACGCGUCUUGGUAAUUUACAUGUUCCUCGCACCUGCUAAUGUAAUAUAUUAUAUAUUCCAGUACCUAAUAGACCCUGUUGCCCUUUCUAGCUAUUGUCACACCCGAUUAGGUAGUCAACGAAUUUUAUAAAAAAUAAUUGAGCACUGAAACAUUAAAGUCGUGUAAAUGAUUAACAAGUAAAAUUAAACAAAUCUCUAAAGAAAUACAUUGGUUAUUGCGAUAAAAUAUGAUAACUAUUAUUGUUAACGUAGAUGAAAAGACUUAUUGUAUAAAAAUGAGAAUGUAAUGAGUAAACGAGGUGGAAUCGCGACGGACUCGGUAUUAUGUACUCUAUUCUAAUAGUGGUAGAGGAUCUUUUAGACAUUUUGCACCGAUAUAUAGAUCUCGCUACUCACUCCCGGCGCGCCGGCCACUCGUCUCUAUAUUCAGAUUCAUAUUGUCUAUGCUGUUAUAUUUUAUCGAUGUUUUUCUAGAUAUUUUAAGCUUUUUGUUGUCGGCGUCAGAACAUAUUGUAAGCCUGCGUAUUUAACGGAUUUUGUAUUAGAUAAGUAUUUAAUUAUUGUUAAGCGACAAUAUUUUCGUCUAUUAUUAUUAAUGCUUAAGUGUAAUUUAGUUAACAUUCCAAUGUAUCUGAGUAAAGUUAUGAUUACUUGCGUUCUGUACUAAAGUUAUUAAAUAAAUGUUACAUUGUUAAACAUCACAUAACAAUAAAAUUAUUAUAUUACUGUUCCAUGUAUUGCUUAAGAUUAUCUCUGUUUAUUCAUUAAUUUAAAAAUUAUAUUUGGGUUCAGUAUAGAUAGUUUUAUAUAUUAUGUAGGUACAAUUGAACCGUACUAACUGCAUGACAUGUGAAUUUUAACAAUUUUUACUUAUAUCUUAAGAGGAAUUGUUAGUAAGCUAUCCCAAGACCACCAUUAUGAACAAAAUAAAUCUUAGUUUCUAAGUUUUUUUUUUUAAUUCGUUUACAUGUGUUGAUGUAUCUUAAUAUCUGUUCAUUGAGUAUCUUACCAUAAGAUAAACACAGUUACUUCAUAAAUUAAUUUCCAUACAAUAGCAGUCAUACUGUUUAUAUCUGAAACACCAACAAAUACUUACAGUUAGUUACUUAACGUUAUUGAAUGUGGAGGGCUUAUUGCAUGGAAGCAAUUUACUGUCAAAUUAGACUGGAGACACAAAGAAACUCUACUAUUCUGUGCUUAAUUUAAAUAAAGAAUGAUAAACUUAA